AUUGACACGCCGUAGGCCGUCUUGCCGUCAGCGCAGUGGAGGUGACUCGAAGUGGGCGUCGCCCCCCCCGUCCCCCCAAAACUGUCAACCGUAA